CUGUGCACUAGUCCGACUGAAAACACGAAUGACAUGCAAUUUUAUCCCAUGUAGGAGAAGGCGUGAGGCAGGAGCGUUCAACUGUGCCUGGUUUUGUAUUAGUAAAGCUACUGAGCUGAAGUGAAUUGGUGUCUGGACUUGAGCACAACAAGAUGUGCGAGUAGCUCACGUUGUAACUGAAGAUAUUAACAUGGCUCAAGGACUCUAACUGACCUCAGCCUGCCUGGUGCCUCAACUCUUGCUACAAAAGUCAUGUUAGAGACAGAAUUCAGAAGCUUGGUGUGGCGCUUUUAUGCUCUCCAGGAAGAAAGAGUGGAAGCUUACAAAUUGUUUGAAGAAGGGCAUGAGGCCUACCUGAAAACAGGGCCACAUUAUGACUUUGACCACUACAAGCAGCUAGUGCAUCAUAUCACAUUGGCUUUUAACGGCAUCUCUAAGGAAGUGAUUCAGAUUAAGAAGAGGCUGCAUGAAGAAUUUGACCGUCCUGACCUCUCAGAACACAUUGAAAAGCUACAAGAGAAGGAGAAAGAAAAGCUGGAACUGACUGCUAAGCUUCAACUUGCAAAACAAAAUGUUCUGGAUAAUCCUGGAGAUGAAAACUGCAUAGAAACAGAGCAGCAGUUUAAGCAGCAGAUCAUCAAAACAAUUGAAGCACUAAGUGAAAUUCUUCAGGAUUUUAAGUAUGAUUCAGAGGAACCAGAGUAACAUUUUUCUCUUUUUGCUGAUUUUAUUUGUCUUUUAUAAAAGAUAGAGUGGAAGCAAGUGGGUCAAUAAAGUUUGAUUUAAUCUA